AUGGGGGGCGUUGACCUGUCCGAUCAGCUGUUACAGUACUACUCUGCACAGCACAAAACAAUGAAGUGGUACAGAAAGAUCUUUCUACACUUCUUGGACAUUGCUGCCACCAAUGCUUUCCUUAUCCACAAAGAGUUAUGUGGUAACAUGACCCAUAAAGAGUUCAUGGAACAGCUUAUUGCAGAGCUCUGUGGUGUGUCACAGAAAGUAGCACCAAAACAAUGCAGUAGUGACCAUAUACCCAUUCCAGGAGCUGAGCUGACCUCCGAUGCAAAGGAUAUUUCCACAGUUGGCCGCAAGAGCGGUGUGCUUUGCAAAGCACAGCUUGGGCCCCAAAACCCCCUCAGACCCCAGAGGGUUAAAGUGAACACUCAUUCCCAGUCAGAAGCCAGAGAUGUACAUAAGUUGACAGUUGUCAGUGAUCAGUCAGUGUUAAUUGAAUCAAGGGUCUGUGCAUCCACUGAAGGACUGGAAAAGGUGACUCCUGAGAAGGACAGAUUAUCAUUGGAAGAUCAAGACUGUGUUGAGAAGGAUGUUGAGAUGAUGCCUCCUGUCAAAGAGUACUUGUUAAAUGAGGAGCAGAGCAUUUGUGCACCUACUGAAGGAGUCAAGGAGGUCUGUAAGCAUGACGUGGUCAAUUCAGCAAUAUCAAGCAUGGACCGAUGUGCUGAAUGUGUGGGACCUGUUGCUGCACUGAAGUGGAAUGGCCUGAGAUGUAAAUUGUGCUCCAGUUUUUGGCACAAGUCCUGUUAUUCAAAGUUUCACAAAUGGACUAGAAAACAGUCAUCACUGGUAGGAGCAUGUUUGUUUCUAUAUUGUUUGCUCCUCAGUUUUAUGAAUUAACUUUCUAUUAUUGCUGUAAAUUAAUCAUAAGUAUAUUUACAAUAGGAAGUAAGUUCAGAGGAAGACGAGCAGUCAGAUGAGGAAUACAUACCACAGUCUGAGUCAGACAAUCAGUCAGACAGUUCAGUUGAACUGACAACAAGACCAGCAAGAUCUGAUCAAGCUAAACUCCUCUCAGAUAUACAGGGAGCUGCAUCCUCUAAGUUUAGUGAACCCCUGAGAUCUGAUGUAACCCCCCUGAAUUUAUCUGAGGACAAAGGGAAAACAAUCUUAAAGGCCAGGGAAGCAGCAUGUGUGUAUGAAGAGUCUGGCUUGCUAUGUCAUGAGGAACAGUUGACUGAUGUUGAGAGAGACAUUGAAUCAGAGACAGUUGAAUGCCACCUUCCCAGAAAACAAGGUUCAGAGGUAUGCAGAUCAACAGAGGUUAUGUCAUCACCCUGAUCACACAACAGAGAGGACAGUACUGAGAAGCUUUUGAGUGCAAAAAGGGCAGCAACGUUGAGAGAGGAAGGUACAGAAAGCAGUAUGUCUGAAGCAGAUCAGUGUGAGCAAUCAGCAAAGAUUUCCUGUUCAACAAAUAAUAAGAACUAUUGUUACAUCUGCGGGAAACAUCAGUCCAAGUUAGCACGCCAUUUGAAAACUCAUAUGUCUGAUGUUGAAGUUGGGCAGGCUUUGUCACUCCCUGUGCACUCCAAAGAACGUAAAGCAAUGCUGGAAAAACUCAGGAACAAGGGCAACUAUCAGCAUAACACAGACGUUUUACAGUGUGGAGAGGGGGCCCUUAAAAUAAAACGCACACCAAAAAAAGAACGUGAUUUAAAGCAUUUUGUGCAUUGCAUGCACUGCAAAGGGAUGUUUGUACAGAGAGAUCUAUGGCUUCAUUUGAAAAGAUGUUCCUCAAAACCAGCGUCUGACAGUGAAAACCAAGGGAGAACCAGGGUUUUGGGUCUGGCAACUAUGGCAGAGUCUUCAUUCAGUCAGCUGAUAUCUCAAGGAGUUUGGAA